AUGUCGUUGGCACAGCGAAACUCCCAGAACAGCUUGCGCCAGUCGUCGAUUGAGGUAGAAUCCAUCAGACCGGCCCCAGCAGACAACAUGUACCGGACGACCUCUCGUAUGUCAGGCCCAGAAGCACUCGAAGCUCAUGCCGAGACAGAGUACGACCACCCGUAUCGGGAGGUGGGUGACGAAGUCUAUGACCGGCUGUCUGGGAAGAAGAAGAUUGUCAUCUUGGCUGUGAUGUCAUUUUGUGCCUUCCUGUCACCCAUUUCAAGCACAAGUGUGCUAGCAGCAACUCCGGAAGUCGCCCGGGAAUACAAUACAACAGGUUCCAUAAUUAAUAUCAGCAAUGCUGGUUACAUGGUCUUCAUGGGUCUCUCACCUGUUGUAUGGGGCCCGAUGAGCCAAGUCUUUGGUAGACGAAUCAUCACCUUAAUCACUGCCGUUGCCUUCUUCUUGCUCAGCCUCGGAACAGCAUUGGCUCCGAAUAUAGCUUUGUUUUUUGUCUUCCGUGCCAUAUCCGCCUUUGAAGGAACAGCCUUCAUCCUUAUCGGCGCAGCCUGCUUGGGAGAAAUGGCGGGGCCGCUGGAAUUCCUCCCAUUGAUACUGUUGGGGAUCCGGAGCUCACGAAACAAUAGAGACAUUUACCCCCCCAUAGAGCGCGGAACCGCGAUAGGUUGGUUCAUGUCGGGUACCCUUUUCGGACCAGCUUUUGGGCCCUUUCUGGGCGGUAUCAUUGUCACAUACUCUUCAUGGAGAACCAUAUUUUGGGUGCAAACGGCCUUGGCUGGCGUGGGGUUUUUGGGAGUCUUCUUCCUUGUCCCCGAGACAAUCCAUCACAAACGGAUCAACGAUCUAAAGGGCUACUCAAGACGUGAGAAGACCAGGGCUCUUCUGCACAUGAUCAACCCGAUCCGUGUACUUCGAUGGUUCAAACAUUUGAAUCUCUGCCUGGUCGCAGGUGCAAGCUCGACACUCGUCUGGAAUAUGUACGGCUUACUAACUCCGAUCCGCUAUGUCCUCAAUCCACGUUUCCAUCUUGAGACUCCUCUACUAGCAGGUCUCUUCUACCUAGCUCCUGGUGUUGGUUACAUCGUCGGAACAUUUAUGGGAGGUCGUUGGGCAGAUUGGACUGUCAAGCGCUGGAUCCAGAAACGAGGGUCAAGGGUCGCGGAGGAUCGAUUGCGGUCUUCGCUGCCAUUCCUCGGUGGUUUGAUCCCGGCCUGCAUUCUAGUAUAUGGGUGGACAGUAGAGAAACAGGCCGGGGGCAUCGCUGUGCCAGUGGUCAUGAUGUUCAUCCAGGGUGUAGGACAGUUAUUCUGCUUCCCGUCGCUAAACACGUACUGCCUAGAUGUGAUGCCAGACAAAAGCGCCGAGGUUACGGCGGCCAACUUCUUUGUGCGGUACCUAGCAGGAUGCCUGUCGACGGCAGUGGUUCUACCGAUUGUUCAGGCCAUCGGGGUUGGGUGGUUCUCGACGAUCUCCUCUGGUCUCUUAGUAGUCUCGGCAAUGGGCCUGAUCUGGGCCAUUCAUAGGGGCGACGAAUGGGCCAAGAAGGAAUGCAGGAAAGGAGCCAAAUCGACCACCACGAAGUCCCAGGUGGAGGGCGACGAGCGCGGCACAGUCAAGGCCAGGCCACCGAAAGUAGCCUGCAAACAGUAG